UGGACUCGAGAUUAUAAACUGCGUGAGUUUGCUAAAAAAAAUAGAAAGAAAAAUAAAGGUUGUAUCAUAGAUACGCUUUAAAAGUAAGAGUUAACUACUGGAUCUUGGUCGUGUCGGUUCUCGAAAUGAUGCAAACAAUUCUUAGUUUUAGAGUAGGGCUAAGCCUAUCCCUGUUUAUGUUCUCUUUAGAACAUGUGGCAGCUGGGAAAGGACCGCUGCGACAAUGGUUCCCAAAGCCUUUGCCUGUACUUCUUGAUGGAUCUGAAACAGGCAACCCGUUGUUUUUAACUCCUUUAAUUGAAUCAGGAAAUAUAGAGAAGGCUCGACAGGAUAGCUUAGUCGGACCUUUACCAUCUGCGCCAAACAUCACCAGUUAUGCAGCAUUGCUUACAGUAAACAAACAAUACAACAGCAACAUGUUUUUUUGGUUUUUUCCUGCUUUAAAUAACGCUGCUACUGCACCAGUGUUAUUAUGGUUACAAGGUGGUCCUGGUGGUUCUUCUUUGUUUGGACUUUUUGUUGAACAUGGACCCCUGGUGGUGUUAAAGGACAUGAAUGUUAAGCUUCGUAAGUACACUUGGGCGCAGGAGUUCUCCAUGCUGUUUAUUGAUAACCCAGUGGGAACAGGAUUUAGCUUCACAAAUGACAAACGUGGAUAUGCUACUAAUCAAACAGAAGUGGCAAAUGACCUCUAUGAGGCUCUUCAGCAGUUUUUUACAGUUUUUCAAGAUUACAGAAAAAAUGAAUUUUAUAUUACUGGAGAAUCUUAUGCAGGAAAAUAUGUUCCAGCGAUCGCGUACAAAAUUCACAGCGAAGGAAGUGAAAGCAAAAUAAACCUUAAAGGAAUUGCUAUUGGCGAUGGUUUAUGUGAUCCUGAGACUAUGUUAGACUAUGGAGAUUUUCUGUAUCAAGUAGGAUUAGUCGAUGAGAGGCAAGCUGAUUAUGUCCGACAAAAAACAUCAUUAGCUCAACAAUAUAUCCAGGAGGAACAGUGGCUUAAAGCCUUCUAUAUCUUUGACUCCAUACUUAAUGGAGACAAAACUAAACAACCAUCCUUUUUCGCCAAUGCAACUGGGUUGUCUUUCUACUAUAACUUCCUCUACACUGAAGCACCAGAGAAUUUUGGCUUUUACAACCAAUACUUAGCCCUUCCUGCAGUUCGCAAAGCCAUCCACGUGGGCAACUUGACCUACAACGAUGGUUCCAUGGUUGAAGAUUACUUACUAGAAGAUAUCAUGAAAUCCGUGAAGCCUUGGUUUGAAGUUCUUAUGGACAAUUACAAAGUUAUGAUCUACAGUGGGCAACUAGAUAUAAUCAUCGCGUUUCCGCUUACAGAAAGUUUUCUCCAGUCGGUCAAGUGGAAGUAUUCCGAGGAGUACAAGAACUCUUCCAGACAGAUAUGGAAAAUUAAAACUACUGAUAAAAUGGUAGCUGGGUACGUUCGUCAAGUCCACGAUUUUUACCAAGUACUUGUUAGAAAUGCAGGUCACAUUCUGCCUUAUGACCAACCACGUAUCGCUUUUGACAUGAUAAGCCGAUUUGUUAAUGGAAAAUCCUUCCAAAAUGCUUCAGGUUUUAAGGUCAAACAUUGAUCACUGAAUAUGACACAAAGGUAUCAUAUACUCUUUAAAAUUGUUUCUAUUUUUAACUGGUCCUUUAAACAUAAAUAAAAAAACCAAGAAUUGAUCUUAUGUAAUAUAAAACCUAGUGUUAAUAAUUUCAAAUAAUAAUGGUUAUGAAAGCCACUAAAUAUAAAGGUGGACAAUUCAACUAUAAUCAGUAUGAGAAGACAAAAACAUUACAAUAUUCGCUCAACAACGAUUUUUGCCACGAUGACGUGAUGUUUUGAACAUGAUUCGAAAUAAUUUUGCUCACAAAUAACUUGAUUUAUACAUGCCCUUAUGAACUUAAAUGGCAUUGCCUAAAGAGCAUGCUUUCUCGUGUAUUGAACUUUUGAUGCUAUGUUAUCCAGCUUGUUGUAAAAUGGCAUAGUAUUAAAUUUAAUAAAUUAGAACACGUAUUCAGAUCCUUAUAUAUUGAGAAUUA